GAGUCCCACAGCACGCUGCAGUGGAGAGGACGGAGCCCGGCUGGUUGGCCAGAGCUGUGGAAGAGUUGUUCACAGGGAUUUUCUCCACAUCCUCUCUUCCACAGCAUAAUGGAGUGGGAUUCCCUCCUCAGGUUUUCCAUUACACCUUGGUCUAACAUUGUUUUCUUUUUUUUUAUUUGAAGACAUCUGUCCAACAUGACCUGGCCUUCCUAAUGCCCUGAGUAUAUGAGGGAGGAUGAGGGUUCCCCUUAAGCCAAGCGUAAGUACAAAGUAUUUGAGUAAGUAUAUGGUUACUGGGCUCAGGUACUAUUAUUAUUAAAGACUUGUCUCUUGCAUACAUUUUGACACCUUCUCCCAGGGGCCACAUGUUCAUAUUUUAAACACACUUCUGUCACUGUUUCACAACAACAAACCCACCACCUCCUCCCUCUGGACACCCUCCAGCCGUCUGGAGAGGAGAGCUGAUGAUAUCACUGCAGGGGCGGGAACAUGUGUGUCUAUAAGUACAGGCACCUCCCAGGGAAACCUCUCUAUGAAGCAGAGCUGAGCUGUGCUGACCUGUACUGGCACUAAGAUACUGCAGGAGAGUAAGCAAGAGCAGACCAGUGUACACUCUUGGUGCAUAGACUCUGAAGAGUGGAUGCAUUCCGAUACUGGAGCUGAAGAACAAGACUUCUCUCUUGGGACUCUAGGCGGUUCAUCUGGACAACUUUUAUAUUUGCUUCUGUACUUCUGUCCUCCUUUGAACAGUUUUACCAGUUUUACCUUUUUGCUUGUCUGCUGUUAUCAGGAUGCUUAGCCCUGUUACUUUACAGCAGAUCAUUUCCACCCUGUUUGUGCUCGGCAGUACUGCAGUGAUGACAGAGGGUGAGUGUCCAGCUGAGUGCUCCUGCACACCCUCGCCCCCGUCGUGCCCACUGGGCGUCAGCUGGGUGACCGACCGCUGUGGCUGCUGUAAAGUUUGUGCUCGGCAGUUCAACGAUGACUGCAGCGCCGAUGAACCUUGUGAUCACAUCAAGGGGCUGCACUGCCAUCUGGGGGCUGGAGGAGACCCUGAAAGAGGACUGUGUCGAGCUGAGGCCCACGGUGUACCUUGUGAGUUUAGCGGGCGGCUAUACCAGCAUGGUGAGGACUUCCAGCCCAACUGCCAACACCAGUGCACCUGCAUGGAUGGAGUGGUAGGCUGCAUGCCCCUCUGUCCUCUCCAAGUGCCCCUGCCACAGUGGCACUGCAUGCAGCCCCGGCUGGCCACGCCUGAGGGUGGCUGUUGUGAGGAAUGGCUGUGUGAAGACGACAACCACAUCAGUGAGGAACCAGAUGAGCUGACGCACACGUCCCUCCCCAACCACAUCAGUGCCCUUCUGCAGGCCCAGAUGCAACCUCGGCACCCUGCUGCCACCAGAAGUGCCACCUUCAGAGAGAUGGUGUCAUUGCCCAGGUCUGGGGUGUUACUUGAAUCCAGCUGUUUCCCACAAACAACUGAAUGGACUGAGUGUUCUGCUGCAUGUGGGAUGGGCAUUUCAAGUCGAGUGACCAAUAACAACCCAGACUGCCGGAUGGUUCGAGAAACCAGACUAUGCCAGAUCCGAAGAUGUGAGCCGCAGCUUCCUGUAGCUAGCAAGAAGGGAAAGAAGUGUCAGCGAACUGUCCGCCCCCAGGAGCCAGUCAGAAUCACCUUUGCCGGAUGCUCAACAACACAGUUAUACCGCCCUCGCACCUGCGGGACCUGCACUGAUGGCCGCUGCUGUACACCCUCCGUCUCUCGCACUGUGAGGCUUCUCUUUCACUGCUCCGAUGGAGAACGCUUCUACAGAAAUAUUAUGUGGAUCCAGCGCUGCAGCUGCAGUACAAGCUGUCGUAUACACCGUGGGCCCUCCAGGCCUUCAGUCAGCCUCCACAAUGACAUCCAUACCUUCAUGCACUGAAGCUGACUCAUUGUGCCCAGCCUUGGGCUGGCACACUGGGCAAAGACUCUGCACCUUCCACUCUUCCCGUCCCCAAACCAACUGCCGUCAUGUGUCAGCUGGGUGACCUCCUGCCGACAUAACCCCCCCCCUCUCCCCAAGAAAAAAAAGAGGCAAUACUCUCGCUUGCACUUUAAGCUUCUUGCCACAAUGACAUCACUUUGUCCACACUAGAGGUGUGUUACCUCUCUAGCACAAGGGCAGCUCUUAGGACAACACACUGCAGUGUUAGACUUGUUUGACUGUUGGCAGAGCUUUUACUUAAAACUUCUUAUUUAUUUUGUCCUCUCCACAGAGGUUGACGUGACAAUUUGUCAUACAGGAGGAAGGUUGUUCGGACCAGUAACAGUCAUUUUGUGAGAAGUGAUGAGAAUUAUGGACACACAUUUUAAAUCAAUGAGAAAGAAUUAGAUGGCAUAAGAAAUAUUCAUUAGUGACUAUAGGGACUGUGUCUAUUAUUGCCUAUCCUGUGAUAGAACAUUUCCUACACAUGUACUGAUUAUGGACUUCAUUAGUGUGUGUGUAUGUAGGUGAAGUUGUGUUGGUCUGUUUGAAGACUGACAAACUUUCACGAGAGAGAGUUUACAGAGAAUGUGCUCAUUAUGCUACUACAGUAUACAGAUUAAUGCAUAGACUUCACUCUUAGCUGUGGAGUGGUGAAUUCUAGGAUCACCUCAUUUUUCGGGGUGUGAUUUUAUUUUAAGUUUUGUGUGUGUGUCUUUCACAUUGUACAUAUAUUGCUUCAUUUGAGGGAUGAAAUUGAUGCUGUAUAUUUAAGACAAGUUACACAUGUCCAUUGAGUAUCUUUGUCUAUAAACACCUGUACAUUAAAUAAAAAUAUAUCAGCCUGUA